AUGGCUUCCAUUCCGCCUCCUCCUGCGCCACCGCCGCCGCACCACGCGGUCGUGCCGCGCUCGCCAGCCGGUCCGCAAUUCUUUGUGGAUCAGAAACGAGGAGAGCUCUACGAGCUGCGGCAGGUGCUGCGGGCGUUGCCGACAGAGCGGGACGUGGUGAAGCAGCGCGAAGCUUUGAAGAAGCUCAUCGCGUACAUGACAGUCGGUCUCGACGUGAGCCGGCUCUUCGCAGACGUCGUGAUGCUCGCCUCCACGCCGGACCUCGUUCAAAAGAAAAUGAUCUACCAGUACCUCACCAACUACGCAGACACGAAUCCGUCGCUUUCGCUGCUGGCCAUUAACACCUUCCAGAAGGACUGCAACGACGAGGAUCCUCGCCUACGCGGACUGGCGAUCCGCAGCCUCUGCUCGCUGAGGUUGAGUUGCAUGCUCGAGUACAUUGAGCCGGCGGCGAGAAAGGGCAUGAGUGAUCGCAGCCCUUACGUGCGACGAGCGGCUGUUAUGGCACUCCUUAAGGCCUGCAAGCUGCUGCAGGAGAUUAUGCCGACAGACGAGGAGGGCGCGCGCCAGCGCAUCGAAGACAUUCGCCAACGACUCUACGAUGCGCUACUCGACGAGGACUCUCAGGUCGCCAUCAACGCGAUAUGCGCGCUGAACGAAAUCGAGGCGGAAACAGGCGGGAUGUGCGUGACGAAGAAAAUUGCGACGCACUUUUUGAACAGGAUCAAGCGCUUCUCGGAGUGGGGCGUCUGCACCAUUCUGAACUUGGUGGCGACAUACCAGCCUGAGAGCGAGGAGGAGGCCUUCGACAUCAUGAACAUCCUCGAUGACAAGCUGAAGAGCUCCUCGGCUGCAGUCGUACUGGCGUGCUCCAACUGCUUUCUCGAGCUGACGCGCGGAAACGAAGAUCUUCGGCGGCAGGUCUACUGCAGACUGAAACCUCCGCUGCUGACGCUUGUGACGACGGGCUACCCAGAGAUCGCGUACACAAUCCUCAGGCACAUCCUGCUUAUCGUGCAAACUGGCGGUCCAGGUGCAGUGGAGGCCUUCGAGGGCGAGCUGCGGCAGUUUUUCUGUCGGUACAGUGACCCUUCCUACUUGAAGAGCACGAAGCUGCAGACGCUCGUUGCAAUCGUCACAGAGCGCAACUGCAUGGACGCCAUAGCGGAGCUGCGGGAGUACGUCUGCGACGCCGACGCGGAGAUCGCUCGGCAAAGCAUCGCGGCCCUGGGACUGAUUGCUUGCAAGAUCCCGAGCGCAGCUGAAGACGUGGUAACUCUACUGCUCUCCUUCGUGGACAUGGAAGUUGCAGACUUCCUCAUGUCCGCGACGUUCGUCGUGCUUCGCGAUAUCCUCCGCAAGUACCCCAUGAUGAUUUGUCGCGUGGUCGAGGCGAUCCGAAUGCAUGCGCUGAGGCUGGCGGACGGAGAAGGCGUCGCCGCAGUGGUAUGGAUGAUCGGCGAGUUUGGCAAGGAGAUCGAAGACGCUCCGUACAUCCUCGAAGACAUCGUCACCCGCUUUGGAGAGGAGCCACCUGUUGUUCGUCUCGAGCUUUUGACGGCCGCAACUAAAUGCUUCUUUCAAUACCCUGGAGAGAUGCAACCCGUCCUCGGCAAACUCCUCGAACAGGCGAUCAACGACGCAUCUCACCCCGACGUUCAUGACAGGGCUCUUUUCUACUACCGUUUCCUCCAGGCGAGCCUGCCGGACGCCAAGCGCAUCAUCUCCACGCCGCUGCCUCCGCUGGAGGAAAUCGAAUCGUCCGCAGAGCGCGAUCUCGCCGAGCGACUGAUGGAGGAGUUCAACUCGCUGUCGGUAAUGUAUCGGCUUCCGAGCGCGUCGUUCCUCUGCGUGGCGCCGAUUCCCUUCGGCGGACGCUUCUCGCCUGGCCGCGCCUCGCCGUCACCGCCUGCUGCCGGCGGCGCUGCGUCACUCGAAAACAGAGACUUCCUCCCCCCAGCCGCGGACGAGAGAGAGGCAAGCGAGAGCGACUCGCUGUUUGAGAUCCGCGACGACGAGGCGCGAGCAGAGAGGCGCACGGCGCCCGCGAAAAGGGAGUACGCCGGGGUGACCCUCGUGAAAUCUAGCCGCGCAGAUCUUCUGCUUCUCGAAACCGAAGAAGCCACGGAGGCGCGCGCCAGGGAAGACAGCCCAGAAGAAGAAUUCAACGGCAGACCCGCCCUGCUGCCCGCCGCCUCCUCUUCCUCCUCCUCGGCUGUGCCUGUGGUCGCGGAUGGGCUCACACUCCUUCCGUCGGUCUCAGUCGAGUCGGCGACCUUUCAGCACCUCUGGGAGAGCUCUGGCGAGGACCAAACGCUGAGCGAAGUGCAUGCAGUUCAGCACCUUGCCGCGUUUCUCGCGUCCUUCGGAGAAGACUUUGAGGCACUGGGCGAGGCCUUCGAAGCUUCUGCGGCGCGAUCCUGCAUCUUCACAAUGGCCUCUGGCGUCUUGGGUGAUGUCCUUAAAAUGUUCUUCUACGGCAAGGAUGAGGACAGCGUUCUGUACCUCUGCGAGAUGCAGCUGACGCUCGCGGCGCACCUCGAGCUCAGCCUCACAGUCAAGGCGGUGUCCCAGGAGACCUCCCGCGCGCCGCUUCCGGCGUCGCUCGGGGAGUCGCGCCGCGCGGCGUUCGCGCGGCUGCUGCGAGAGGCCCUCGCGCCGCAAGAGACUGCGCCGCCGGGGAGCCUCAGCCUGAUGUAG